AUGCUCCCCACAGGGACAGAGGCCCCGGACUGGCAUUUGGACAUGCAGCUGACCAGCAAGGUAGUGCUGUCAGCGGCAGCCCUGCUCCUAGUGACUGCAGCUUACAGGCUCUACAAGUCCAGGCCUGCCCCUGCCCCGCUGCAGGGUGGGAGGGCCAAGGUCGAGGAGGAAGCUGAGGGCUCCGGGCAGCCUACAGCCCAAGGAGCUUCUCCCGAGGCGCCGCAGAGGGGACCCAGACGCCGGAGAGCCAGCAAGGAGGCCAGAGCACCGCCGGGCUAUAGCUGGGAGGAUCCUGGAGGGCCCUGCAUCCUGCCGGCGGGGGCCACUUCCAGGGCCAGGUCACCCCCGAGGAGAGGCUCUGGCAGGGAGCAGGACGCGCAGGACCCAGGCUCUGAGCAGGUGUCUCCUCACGGUCGUGGCCAGGGAGCCAGAACAGCUGUUGGCGGUAAGCCCGACCCUCCCCACCACCCUCAUUUGGGCAGUGACCCCCAACCCACAUUGGACAGCAGCUGUAAGGGUGCUGAGCCUCCUGCAUGGCAGGGUGGUGGAUCCCCCAAGCGGCCAGAGGGCCCCCACUCGCACCAGAUGGCCCCCACGGAAGGCAGCAGUGACAUGAACCAGGGCUGGAUCUUCACCCGGGUGACCGGGGUUGGCGGGGAAGAAGCCGGGGUCUUCCAGGCCACCUCAGAUGCAGGCCUGGCCCUGCACCAGCAGGAAGGAGUUACCAAUGCCACCUACACCUUCUCGUCCGUGGCCAGGGUCCGAAUGGAGGAGAAUUUCAUACGGAAUAUGGAGGAGGUUGGGGCGCAACUGAAGGGCAAGGUGUAUGACUACUAUGUGGAAUCCACCUCUCAGGCUGUCUCCAGCGGCAGGCUGGCCCCCAGGGUGGCAGCCCUGGCUGAGGUGCCAUCCCCUGGGCCCCGGGGAACAGAGACAGCCUCCGCGGACCCAGCCAGUGACAGGGAAGGUGGAGCCGAGACGGCCACCUCCCUGCAGUCCGUGCCCUCAGCCCCCACCCCAGGUUUUGGCAGGAAGGAGAGCCUCCUGCAGAUAGCAGAGAACUCAGACCUGCAGCUGCAACCUGACCAGCUCCCCGCUCCACCCUGCUCAGACCAGGACACCCUGCCCGGCUCAGCCGCAGGCAGUGAGGACCCCCACGUGCAGCUGGUGGCUGGGACCAACUUCUUCCACAUCCCGCUCACCCCCGCGUCCGCCCCGGACGUCCGCCUGGACCUGGGCAAUUGCUACGAGGUGCUGACCUUGGCCAAGAGGCAGAACUUGGAGGCCCUGAAGGAGGCGGCCUACAAGGUCAUGAGCGACAACUACCUCUGGGUGCUGCGCAGCCCCGACAUCUACGGGGGCCUGAGCGGGGCGGAGCGGGAGCGGAUCCUCCAGCGACGUCUCCGGGGCCGCAAGCACCUGGUGGUGGCCGACGUGUGCCCCCGGGAAGACUCCGGCCGCCUCUGUUGCUAUGACGACACGAGGGACGCCUGGUACCCGCUGGCCCACCUGCCCCCCGAGGCCGUGUCCCGGGGCUGUGCUGUCUGCAGUCUCUUCAAUUAUCUCUUCGUGGUGUCCGGCUGUCAGGGCCCCGGGCACCGGCCCUCCAACCGCGUCUUCUGCUACAACCCACUAACAGGCAUCUGGAGCGAGGUGUGCCCGCUGAACCAGGCCCGGCCACACUGCCGGCUGGUGGCCUUGGAUGGGCGCCUGUACGCCAUCGGGGGCGAGUGUCUGCACACAGUUGAGUGCUAUGACCCCCGCCUGGACCGCUGGGCCUUCGCCCCGCCGCUGCCCAAUGACACGUUUGCCCUGGCGCACACGGCCACGGCGUGUGCCAAGGAGAUCUUCGUCACGGGCGGCACGCUGCGCUAUCUGCUGCUCCGCUUCUCAGCCCAGGAGCAGCGCUGGCGGGCCGGCCCCACGGGGGGCAGCAAGGACCGCACGGCGGAGAUGGUGGCGGUCAAUGGCUUCCUCUACCGCUUUGACCUCAACCGCAGCCUGGGCAUUGGCGUGUACCGCUGCAGUGCCAGUGCCCGGCUCUGGUACGAGUGCGCCACGUACCGGACACCUUACCCGGACGCCUUCCAGUGCGCGGUGGUGGACGACCUCAUCUACUGCGUGGGGCGCCGGUGCACCCUCUGCUUCCUGGCCGACGACGUCUCGCCCAGGUUUCUGCCCAUGGAGCUGCAGAGCUUCCCGUCUCCACAGGGCAUCCUUCUGCCCACCGUACUGACCUUGCCUGCACCCGAUGUGCCUCAGACCCGCGUCUAG